GGAGGCAAUCUCGACGGAGAAUUGCUUCCAGUGGCUAGCGUGAACAACCUCGACGAAGUUGAGCCACAGGAACAAGAAGUGCACCAUCAAGCCUUCCAGAUUGCCAUUCUCCAUCUGCUUAUCAACGCCGCUGACCGUCGCCUCGUACUCAAGCUGGAUCCGCAACUAGAAGUCAUUGCAGUAGGAGGAGAGGCUGCUUCCGCGUAUUCCCAAUGUCGCCAGGGAGAAUGGAAGCGGUGUCGAAGAGAAGAGACUCUGGCAAAGACUAGAGGCCAAGGCGAGUACGAAGAAGCCGUUCUUUGAGGGUUUUGGGAACAUAUGGAGAACUGAGGAGAUGAUUGAUUUAUGCAUAAUGUAGGAUAG